AUGGCCUCAAAAUUGGAUUUGAAGGCCAUCUUUGGAAGGAAAUUUCCUUCCCUUAAUAGGAUGCUAACUUGCUCCAUUUUGAACCCCUCUUUUUCGAACCUUUCUUGUCGGCUAUAUGCUAAUGAGUCGAUUGAUGUAAAAAUAACCCCUAAAGCCUCAACAUCGUUGAGCCACAUAUCUGCCUUGAUGAUUGAAAAUAUUUCUCUUGUAGACUUUCUUCAAAUAAUGAAGAGUAGAAUAUUGGCAACCGAUUUUUCAACAAUAGAUCCAACUUGUAGCGUGCAAGUUGAUACGUCCAAACUACUAGUGGCAAACACUACUGGGCCAUUUGAAAAACUAUAUGAAAUACAUUUUGUAUUAACAAAUUUGGGACCAUUAAAAGCUGCCUUCAGCAGCUGCACGCUACCUCUUUUGGAAAAUUUAUACAACCACGGCUAUCUAAGCUCAUGUCCAAAUGGAGUAAUUGAAGCGAUCACCUACGGCCUCAUUAAAUGGUGUCCCGUUACGGUUCUUCACGAUGUAGCGAUUUAUGUUUUCCAGCCUUCAGUGAAAAAUCCACCUUUUACCAAGAUCCCAAGUCUCAGGUAUCUUCUUUCUAUAUUCAGACAGAACCUUAUACCACCCUGUUCAGUGGAAACUGAUGAUGGUCGUGUCCUUUCAGAAUUCCAGUCCAAGGUUAUUGAAAACAUCCUCCAUAGACUGACGGGAUCUUACAAAAGGAUAGGGAAGAUCUCACCGUUGACCAUAUACCAGAGUAUCCGUACUCAACGCCUUCAGCUGAGUCAGAAAAGCCACCGGAUUAUAUCUAAGGCCUUAUGCGAUCAUGGGUAUGAAUAUUGUUUGCAGCAUUUCAAAGAGUAUGAGGACAUUAUUCUUGCAGACUUGAAUGCUUCUUCGACCAUUUUGAUAGCACUAGUCGCCACUAAUAAGCUAGGGUCUCUUGAAGAUGUAUGUAAAAAACUCGUCGCCAAGCAUGGAGAAUCGCCCGUUUUUUAUUCAACGCUUACUUGCGCUUUUCUCAAGGUGCAUCAAUAUGACUAUGCUUAUGAUAUCUUGUCAAAAUUCCAGGGAUCUUUAAGUGAGGAGCAAAGUGAGCCUAUUUGUUACCAACUUUCAAUAGCUUCUCUUAUGUCUGAGAAACAUGCUUCCUUUAACAAUGCCUUUUCCUCGAGUAAAAAAAACUGCAUAUCCUCUUCGCAGUUGGAGUCGUUUGUAAAGUUUUUCGUUGACUUUGAUACUGGAAUUCCCUUUGCAUUGGGAUCAAACUUUCCCUUUCUUCUUUCCAUAUUAUUUCGACUUAACCCAGUUAAGGCCCAGAGGGCAUUGAUUUGGUUCAAGGAGCAGCCUGUGGAAAUAAAAGAAAGCAUCAAGUUUGCACAGAUCCUUCUGUCUCUUUCAUUGAUGUUUUUGUCGUUGAUUCCAAUCAAAUGGAGGAGCCAAUUUUUGCCAUUUCUUUUUUCUGUAUUUCCCGUAAAUGAAAGCCUCGGAUCUACGCCGGUCCUAUCUUCUUUUGUCAGCGAUGUUUUUAGCGAAAGCCCCAAUCUAUUGUUCUCCUUCUUUAAGCUUGCUGAAAGGUCAUGUAAAAUCGAUUGGGAUCAAGGUGCAGCCCUCUCAAACGCCAUCUAUUUCUCCAUUGUGAAUGGAUAUUUACAAUCCGAUUAUGGGCUACUAAUUAGGGUUUUGAAAUUUUUAUUAGCCAACGUGUAUUUUAAAGAGCCGACUCUCGCACGCAAUAUUGACGAUUUUGAUAUUGACGAUGUGUAUCAGAAAAAAAUUUCGUCUCAACUGCUUAAUUCAAAUGUAAUAGCGCCCCUUCACGUGCACAGCGUUCUCUCCGAUAUCUUACUGCAGGCAUGUGUCCAUUCAUAUCAAUUCGAGCUGUUGACAACAGCCCUCAAUACAUUUAAAGAUCUUAGACUCGGUUUUAAUAACCACUAUUUUGUUCUUGCUGAGAUUCUAAACGAUCUUCAGACGACAUCUGCUGGUGACUCGAACUUUAGAAUAAUCCCAAACGAUACCUUGCUGUAUGAGUUGGCCAAUACCAUAUCUCCAGACAUUCUCCUUGCUUCUACUGAUAUUGGGGACAAUGCAACCCUGUAUGAUAUAUUAGAGAAGGAAUUAAACAUAAAAACGGUGGGAAACAUCCGUGCUUUGUUCGAGUUAGACGUUGAACAGAUCCCUUCUUCACUCGACUGUUUUAAAGCAGAAAUGGCCAAGCUUUCUUUAUUACUUGCCUUGCCAGAGGAGCUGGAGACUAGCCCCUCGCUGCCAAUUAUUCUUGAGCGUAUUAAGAUCAACCCAGCUCCUCUUCGCUUCUUAAUUCCCUUAAGAAGCUGA